GCUAUUUUUUGUAUACUAUAGUAUUAGUAAUGGGAUUUUGCAGUCUUGGUAAUGUAUGAUCUGUUUGCUCUUUUUCCUUUGGUUCUUGUUUCUUCCUAAAUCAAAACAGGUUGUUGAAGUUUCAACUUCAAAGACUGGCAAACAUGGACAUGCAAAGUGCCACUUUGUUGGUAUUGACAUUUUCAGUGGGAAGAAACUUGAAGAUAUUGUGCCUUCAUCCCACAACUGUGACGUUCCCCAUGUUAAUCGUACUGACUAUCAGCUGAUUGAUAUCUCUGAAGAUGGCUUUGUGAGUCUUCUAACUGAAAAUGGAAACACAAAGGAUGAUCUGAGGCUUCCCACCGAUGAAAAUCUGCUCAGCCAGAUUAAAGAUGGGUUUGCUGAAGGAAAGGACCUUGUGGUGACAGUCAUGUCUGCAAUGGGGGAGGAGCAGAUCUGUGCCCUCAAGGACAUUGGUCCUAAAAAUUGAAUGUAUAUGAUGCCAUGCUGUUGGGUUAUAGUAAAUAGAACUCUCUUAAUGUUGCUGACAAGAGUCUUAUCUAUUAUGCCUGUGUGACACAGACCCUUAUUGGGAAUUUCUCAAAUUGAUACAGUACUUAAAACACUAUAAUCCAUAGGUUUAUGAAAGCUGCUGUUCCUUUGAUGAAAAAAGGGAACUCAUGUCAACAGCAGGACGGCUUUAUAUAUAGCCUUAUUACUAUGCACAUAUUCAUUUAUAUGGUGGAUGGGUUUGAGCAUCAAUAUAAGGUUUGUGUUGUA